ACCGUGAUAACUUAAUUGAAGGAUAUGUAGGGGAUCGAUGGAGUCUGUGAGUGCACACAUCACACAUGUGCGUGCGUGGAUCCGUCGAUAAUCGUCGAUCGUCGUUAUCGCGUCCGCCGUGGUGUCCGGAGCGCUUGAGCGGCGGUAGCGGCGGCCACGCCAGACUCACUCCAACCCCGGGACGCGCCGCAGCCGGCUGCUUACUCAUCCCGAUCACAAUAACAUCCUCACUGUUUAUCGCAGUUCCGACUGCCAUUCAACAACAACCAGUAAACUGGCUUUAUACGAUUACGCUGCAGAUACUGAUCCAGUAUGUAUUGUGAUAGCAGCACCGGCAUCUUUCAAGAUGCACUCGUGAACGAUCAACUUCUGUUCGAGUACUCUCCGGUGGAGAGUCUCAUCAAUUUUGAACUACCGUCAGUUGAUUCGGACGUUAACGACUGGCAAAUCAAUAACUUGGAUUUUCGUUGUGAUACUUUCGUAAACUGUGCUAGUGAUGUGAGCAAGGAUGAUUUCAAUUUUUUUGACAGCUCAUCACCUGUUUUCGAUUUCGAAGAUUUGGAUAAGAGUUUACUGGAUGAAUAUCUACUGGAGGCUCUGAGCAGUGACCUUUCAAAUGACACAUCUCAAUCUAUAACAGGGUCGGGUAGUAGCGAAUCAUUAUGCGUAUUAGCUACCCAUGACUACGUCGCGGUGCAUUCAGAUUGGGAGAAGAAGGAAAGUACUGUGGACGAAGGUCUAAACAUAAAAGUGCAGUCAUGGGGUGAGCCAAAGUUUUGUUCAGAGCUCGGAGCGUUCCGUUGCCCAGUGGAAGAUUGUGGAAAAUUGUACGCUAAGGCGUCGCACGUGAGGGCGCAUUUGCGGCGGCACAGCGGCGAGAAGCCAUACCAGUGCACGUGGGGAGGAUGCGUGUGGCGGUUCGCGAGGUCCGACGAAUUGGCGCGCCAUCGCCGCAGCCAUUCUGGGGAUAAGCCUUACAGGUGCGCGGAGUGUGGCAAGCGUUUCGCCCGAUCGGACCACCUCGCCAAGCACGGCCGAGUGCACGCUCGCCGAGCCGCUGCCGCUGCAGCCUCGGCCGCUGCUGGCCGCCGAGUCAACGUGCAACGGACUAGACGACUCUUGUGAUUUUAUUAGUGCACAGUUGAGGCUAAUGGAUUUAAUUUUAACGGUGUAUAAAUGGUGGGAUAUUAUGUAUAUUUAUUGAGAAAAUAAUUAAUGUUACAUACAUAAUUAUAGUAUAUAUAAUUAAGACUUUUGAGUAAAGUGACUCUAAUAUUCAGAUGAAUUUAAAUAUUAGGUACGUGUAAGGAAUAAAUUUUGAAUUUUAUUGGACGUGAUGCAUUAUGUGUAUGUACAGAACAGACCAGCGUUUUUUUUUAUUACUCACCCAAAAUUACUAAUUUGUGAAAUAAUACAGUUUAAGAAAUAAAUUAUACAAUAUUAAACUAUCUAUCUAUAUCUAUAUCUCCACGCCAUCUAAUACAUGUGAAUAC